AUGGGUCGAAAAAAAAAGGAUCAAGCAGAUAAAUCUGGAUCACAACAUGAGUCAAUAAACGAGCCGCAACAAACCACGUGCACUGAUACUCAAAUUUCUACAAACACAUUUACAAUGUCGUCAGGUCUUAUUGGUAAUGUAAGUCAACUAUCCUUAGAUGGAAAUUUAUGUCAAAUUUGGUCCGAUUGGUUGCAAGAGUUCAACAUUUAUUUGAUUGCGAGUGGCUAUGAUAGUCAGCCAGAAAUACGUAAAAUAUCAAUAUUUUUACAUUUUAUUGGUAAAGCUGCUUUAAAAAUCUAUAAUUCAUUUAAUAUUAACAUUAAAGAGUUGACAUUGGACAAUCUAAUAUUCAAAUUUAAUGAAUAUUUUAUUCCACGUAAAAAUUUUACUGUGGAACGCCAUAAAUUUUUUACACGCUACCAAUUACCUGAUGAAAGUAUUAAUGAACAUACCUAUAGCAGAUUAACAAAUAAAAGUAAGUCAUGUGAAUUUGAGUCUUUACGAGAAAGUCUAAUAAAAGAUAUGUUAAUCUGUGGUCUAAAUACAAAUGAAUAUGAUAUAUUACAGUGUUACCUUAACACAACAUUAUUACCAUUGUAG